UCUCUCUCUCUCUCCCCCAAUCCCUUCAAUGUCUGUGUUUGAUUUUCUCUGAUUUGCUUUGAUUCAGCAGCCGUUCCAGAGAAAGAAAGAAAGAAAGAAAGAAAGAAAGAAAGAAAGAAAGAAAGAGCAAGAGGGGGAGUGAAACAAAAACCCGUCCUGCUCCGCGUUUUUUCUUCUUGUCAACACCCUGCUUUGUGGCUGGGGGUUUUAUUUUUAUUUUUUGCAUUUUUGUUUUUUCUCGCUUUUCCUACUUUUUUUUUCCCUUCAAGAAGAAACGAAGGUUUUGGUUGUCCUUAAUUCAUGUUUGGGAUUCAGGAAAGCAUUCAGAGGAGUGGGAGCAGCAUGAAGGAAGAGCCCCUGGGCGCCGGCAUGAACGCGGUCAGGACAUGGAUGCAGGGAGCCGGCGUCCUGGAUGCAAACACCGCGGCGCAGAGCGGGGUAGGCCUGGCCCGGGCUCAUUUCGAGAAGCAGCCGCCUUCCAACUUGCGGAAAUCCAACUUCUUCCACUUCGUGCUGGCUUUGUACGACCGGCAGGGGCAGCCCGUGGAGAUCGAGCGCACCGCCUUCGUGGGCUUCGUGGAGAAGGAGAAAGAAGCCAACAGCGAAAAGACCAACAAUGGGAUCCAUUACCGUCUGCAGCUCCUCUACAGCAACGGGAUAAGAACCGAACAGGAUUUUUACGUCCGUUUAAUCGACUCCAUGACAAAACAAGCAAUAGUAUAUGAAGGCCAAGACAAGAAUCCAGAAAUGUGCAGAGUUCUGCUCACCCAUGAAAUAAUGUGCAGCCGCUGUUGUGACAAGAAAAGCUGCGGCAACAGAAAUGAGACUCCUUCAGAUCCGGUGAUAAUUGACAGGUUCUUCUUGAAAUUUUUUCUUAAAUGUAACCAGAACUGCUUAAAAAAUGCAGGAAAUCCACGAGACAUGCGGAGAUUUCAGGUUGUGGUAUCUACAACAGUCAAUGUGGAUGGCCACGUCUUGGCAGUAUCGGAUAAUAUGUUUGUGCACAAUAACUCCAAACAUGGGCGGAGGGCUCGAAGGCUUGAUCCUUCGGAAGGUACGCCUUCUUAUCUGGAACAUGCAGCUACACCCUGUAUCAAAGCCAUCAGUCCAAGUGAAGGAUGGACUACGGGAGGUGCCACUGUCAUCAUCAUAGGAGACAAUUUCUUUGAUGGGUUACAGGUCAUAUUCGGCACCAUGCUGGUUUGGAGUGAGCUUAUUACGCCACAUGCUAUCAGAGUUCAAACACCACCCCGACAUAUUCCUGGUGUUGUAGAAGUUACAUUGUCCUAUAAAUCCAAGCAGUUCUGUAAAGGCACACCUGGAAGAUUUAUCUACACAGCUUUGAAUGAACCAACCAUUGACUAUGGCUUCCAAAGGUUACAGAAAGUCAUCCCGAGGCAUCCUGGUGACCCUGAGCGUUUACCAAAGGAAGUAAUACUCAAGAGGGCAGCUGAUCUGGUGGAAGCACUCUAUGGUAUGCCACAUAACAAUCAGGAAAUAAUCCUGAAAAGAGCAGCUGAUAUUGCAGAAGCACUCUACAGUGUCCCUCGUAAUCAUAACCAACUCCCCGCGCUCGCUAAUACAUCAGUCCAUGCUGGCAUGAUGGGUGUGAAUUCAUUUAGUGGUCAAUUAGCAGUAAAUGUCUCAGAAGCCUCACAGGCCACCAAUCAGGGUUUUACUCGCAACUCAAGCAGUGUGUCUCCUCAUGGUUAUGUGCCAAGCACUACCCCUCAGCAGACAAACUACAACUCUGUCACAACAAGCAUGAAUGGUUAUGGAAAUGCUGGAAUGUCCAAUUUAGGUGGUUCUCCAACCUUCCUGAACGGAUCUGCUGCCAACUCUCCCUAUGCCAUUGUGCCAUCCAGUCCAACCAUGGCAUCCUCUACUAGUCUCCCUUCUAAUUGUAGCAGCUCCUCUGGGAUCUUCUCCUUCUCACCAGCCAAUAUGGUCUCAGCAGUGAAACAGAAGAGUGCUUUUGCUCCUGUUGUCAGACCACAGACAUCCCCUCCCCCUACCUGUACCAGCACCAAUGGGAAUAGCCUGCAAGACCAGUCUUUUGUGGACUCUAGCAAGUACUCCACUGCAGGGUCUCUCCAGGGUCUGGCCUUCUCCUGAACUAUAUCUGGCAUGAUAGUUCCUCCCAUGUGAAUGAAAUGCCUUGAAGAAUUGACUAAUGAAGGAUUUGGAUUCUGCUCCAGAACAAAGUCUGACCCAAGCCCCAGAGGGAACUUUUAACUCAGGCCUUUCUUCAAGGAAAAAGGAAGACUCUCACAAUAACUGCAAAGUUUUAAAAAAAUACACAUUUUUUUUGAAAAAAUGCCAUCCUUGCAAAAUAGUCCUGAAAUCUACUUACAGCCUGCAAGGGCAAGAUGUUAAUUUGAGCUGUCCGUCCCAAGUUCUUGGGGAGAAAUUUGUGUCCUGAAGAAAAUACGCUUUGGUCUUUUCCAUUUUUAUGGGUCACCUUUGGUCUUUUACAAAUCACAACGGGAGGGAGAGGCACAAAGAUGAAAAGCCAACUUAAGAACUUUCUUUGUUGUAGUUGUUUUUUUUUUUAACUGUCUUAAAGGGAAAUAAAGUGGCAACACAUGAGUUUCUAUGGAACAGAAGUAGAAGUGCCAGUUAGGAAUUAUUGAUGUUUUUCUUUCCUUCGAAAAUUAAUGGCUGUGCCAGUAAGGGUUGUUUUCAUGUUUUACUUAACCAACAAUAGCACAUACAGCUGGGAUUUGCAGUCUGGGGAAGUAUCAAUGAAUGUCCAUGUGAGCAUAGAUACAAAGAUACACCAUAUACACAUACACAAAAAGGAUUUCAUUUUAGAAGCCAUGAUUCCCCUUCCCCUUAAUCCCUCCACACCCUUUUUAACAACAUUGCAUUUAGAAAAUUGUGUAAAUACUGCAAGGCAAGGGGGGUGGGAAGCAUAUGUGU